AUGUCGGUCAACUGGGUGAUGCUGGAGCCCUCGUCGGCGCAACCCUUUACUCCCCUCCCGCACGAGCAAACUCUCUACAAGUCACCAGCCCGUACCAGCUUUUCCCUACAGUCGCUCAACAAAUUCCCUGGCAAAGAGCCCGUCCAUUACUCAGCCUCUGCUGGCACCUUGUACCUCACCAACCGCCGCCUGGUCUACCUUCCCUCCACACCAACACCUCAACUCCAGUCAUUCGCCGCACCUCUUCUCAACACUCACGAUUCACACGUCGCUGCUCCUUGGAUAGGACCAAAUGUCUGGACCGCUCUCGUGCAACCCGUUCAGGGAGGUGGCAUUCCUGCACAUGUCCCUGCGCUAGAACUCAAGUUCGCAUUCAAGGACGGAGGUGCAUACGAUUUUCACUCUGGUUACGAAAGAGUCAAGGAGAGACUACAACAACAAGUCGAUGUCGCGAGGCAAUCAGGUUAUCUCCAAGGCGACGGCAGCGAGGCUGGACGCGGCAGAGGGGGAGACACUCUUGCUGCCGUUGAUGUCGCAAAUGUUCAUUUGGACGACUUGCCUGCUUAUGAGGAAACUGGUGCUUCGGCAUCCAUCCCUCAGCCUCCAGCUCCGGCUACCCAAACACCUGCACCGAGGCAAGCUGCUAGUCCUCCCGACUCCCAUGCGCCAGAAGUUUUUACACCACCUGCUGAGCCGCCACCAGGAUAUGAGCAAGUGCAGAGAGAGACUGUCGAAGACGAAUUGGAGAGGAGAUUGAGCAGAGGUCAGAUUCUUUGA